UACACUCGCAUGAAGUUCUAGAUUCGACCAAGAAAACCUUGGCGUCUAGUUUUUCCUGGGCCCAUAAUUGGACGGUGAAGUGCGUUAUACACAGAUUACAUUCCAGGGCAAUAUAGUCUAAACAAUAAAAUCUGACAACCAAAAUCUAACCAACAGGAACAGGAACAGGAACACAAGUGCAAGGUGCAAAAAAUGAGUACCAUAAGCGGCACCAGUUGCUUCUCUUCAGUGUUCCAAAGCCCACCUGAAACUGAGCUUUUGUCUUCAAAGAAGAAAUCUAGAUUCAAUUUCAUGCUUCCCAAGAAGCCCUGUGAAAUGGGUAGUAGUAGAAUUUUCUGUAAGUUAUCUGAGACUGAGCGUGGAAUUGGUGAAAACCCCACAAUUAGUAAACUGUCUGCCAGGUCCAAGAACAGGAUGGAAGAGUAUAACACAGCCAUGAAGAGAAUGAUGAGGAAUCCAUAUGAGUAUCAUCAUGAUCUUGGCAUGAACUACACGCUGAUAACAGACAAUUUGAUUGUGGGCUCGCAGCCCCAGAAACCUGAAGAUGUAGAUCAUCUGAAACAAGAAGAGAAUGUGGCCUAUAUUCUGAACUUGCAGCAGGACAAGGACAUCGAGUAUUGGGGAAUUGACUUGCAGUCUAUAAUAAAAAGAUGUCGACAACUGGGAAUUCGUCAUAUGAGAAGGCCUGCAAGAGACUUUGACCCAGAUUCCUUAAGAAAUGAAUUACCCAAAGCUGUUUCUUCAUUGGAAUGGGCCAUCUCUGAGGGGAAAGGAAAGGUGUAUGUUCAUUGCACAGCUGGCUUAGGAAGAGCUCCUGCAGUGGCUAUAGCCUAUAUGUUCUGGUUCCGCGGCACGAAUCUAAAUACGGCAUAUGAUGCACUGACUUCAAAAAGAUCUUGUGGACCCAAUAAAAAGGCCAUACGUGGAGCCACCUAUGAUCUGGCUAAGAAUGAUCCAUGGAAGGAGCCCUUUGAAAGUCUUCCUGAACAUGCCUUUGAGGGAAUAGCAGAUUGGGAGAGGAAGUUGAUUCAAGACCGUGUCCGUUCCCUCCGGGGAACCUGAUUAUCUUGGUUUGCAACUGUUACCUUAAAGCCAAUUCACCUGAUUAUCUUGGUUUGCAACUGUUACCUUAAAGCCAAUUCGAAAUUGCAAGGCAGCCAAAACCAAAAUUUUGAGCAUUGCUUGUGGCAUGUUGAAGCUGAUCUCUCCGAGGAAUAUUUUCCUGACUGCAAAUUACUCGGAUAUGAUUUGAUUUUC